UUAAAACGGGAAACAAACAAGCACUGAUUACGAGUAAAGAAGAACUUCGGUUCUUUGGGAGAGUUGGACUAAACGGCUAGUCAACAAUCGAGCCAGCAAACAAUUUUAGUUACGCAUUUCAAUUUUCAUGUAAUAACCACUCAGGGAUUGCAGCAAACAGCAGAAUUUUGUUCACUGUUUCCUAGUUAUGAGGAGUGAGAACUGCUAGCAACUGAAGAGAAAGCGCUUGAAGCCAAGAGUGGUUCAUUUUUUAGCGAAAGCUGAAGUUUUUGGGGGUGGGUUUUGUAGAAACAUGGACGAACAUGAUGGAAUUGAGGAGAUUAGUGUGAGGGUGGGUAGUAGUGCUAGUACUGGUGGUAGUGACUCCAGGUGGGUUGAUGGUACUGAGCUGGAUGCGGAGUUACCUUCGUAUCCUGUGCUUGAUGAAAUUGAGGGCAGACAAGGGUAUGGAUCUUUGAGGAGGAGGCUGUUGAAGAGGCCCAAGCGGGUUGAUUCUUUCGAUGGUGAAGCCAUGGAGAUCGCUGGUGCUCAUGGCCACAAUUCCAAAGAUCAAACCUGUUGGCAAACUAUUACAUUAGCAUUUCAAACACUUGGUGUGGUUUACGGUGACUUGGGGACAAGCCCUUUAUAUGUCUUUGCUGAUGUGUUCAGCAAGGUGCCCAUCAAGUCAGAAGUUGACAUCUUGGGGGCUUUAUCACUUGUGAUGUACACAAUUGCUCUUCUUCCUUUAGCAAAAUAUAUUUUUGUAGUGCUUAAAGCCAACGAUAAUGGAGAAGGAGGGACAUUUGCUCUAUACUCGCUGAUUUGCAGGUAUGCAAAUGUUAACACGCUGCCUAAUCGACAGGCAGCUGAUGAACAUAUAUCAAAUUUUCGCCUCAAACUACCCACUCCAGAGUUUGAAAGGGCUCUACACAUAAAAGAGAGUUUGGAAAGCAGAUCAUCCCUGAAAACCUUUCUGUUGCUGUUGGUUCUGAUGGGAACUUCCAUGAUUAUAGGAGAUGGUAUUCUUACCCCAGCAAUGUCAGUGACUUCUGCUGUAAGUGGUCUGAAUGGUGAAAUUCAAGGAUUUGGAACAAGUGCUGUAGUUAUUGUUUCGAUCAUGAUCCUUGUGGGGUUGUUCAGCAUACAGCAAUUUGGGACUGGUAAAGUUGGUUUCAUGUUUUCUCCUGUACUUGCUUUGUGGUUCUUCUCUUUGGGAUCCAUAGGACUUUACAAUCUAGUGAAGCAUGAUAUUAGCGUUCUAAGGGCAUUCAACCCAGCUUAUAUCUAUUUGUUCUUCAAGAGGAACAGCAAAGAUGCAUGGUCAGCUCUUGGUGGUUGUGUUCUAUGCAUUACAGGUGCAGAAGCAAUGUUUGCUGAUUUAGGUCACUUCUCUGUACGUGCCAUACAGAUCGCCUUUACUUGUGUGGUAUUUCCCUGUCUUCUACUUGCUUACAUGGGCCAAGCUGCUUAUCUGAUGAAAUACCCAAAUUCUGCAGAAAGAAUAUUCUAUGACUCUGUGCCAGAUGCUUUAUUCUGGCCAGUUUUCGUGAUAGCAACCCUUGCUGCCAUGAUUGCCAGCCAAGCAAUGAUAUCUGCUACCUUUUCAUGUGUGAAGCAGUCUAUGGCUCUUGGAUGCUUCCCAAGGCUGAAGAUUAUUCACACCUCAAGACGGCAAAUGGGUCGAAUUUACAUCCCCGUAAUGAAUUGGUUUUUAAUGAUCAUGUGUAUAGCUGUAGUUGCCAUCUUUCAGAGCACCACAGAUAUUGCCAAUGCAUAUGGCAUAGCUGAAGUUGGUGUCAUGAUUGUGAGCACCACCUUGGUGACACUUGUAAUGCUUCUAAUCUGGCAGACCAACCUGUUAUUGGUUUUGUGCUUCCCACUUGUUUUUGGAUCAGUAGAGCUCAUCUACUUGUCAGCUGCACUAUUUAAAACAAAAGAGGGUGGUUGGCUUCCCCUUGCUUUUGCUAUUUGCUUCCUCUCUGUGAUGUACACCUGGAACUACGGCAGUGUAUUGAAGUACCAGAGUGAAGUCAAGGGGAAAAUAUCCACAGACUUCAUGCUUGAACUUGGCUCAACGCUUGGGACUGUACGAGUCCCAGGAAUUGGAUUGCUAUACAACGAGCUUGUCCAAGGCAUUCCCUCCAUCUUUGGGCAGUUCUUACUGGGCCUUCCAGCUAUCCACUCUACAGUAGUGUUUGUUUGCAUUAAGUAUGUCCCAGUUCCAGUGGUUCCUCAAGAGGAAAGGUUUCUGUUUCGAAGAGUUUGCCCAAAAGACUACCAUAUGUUCCGCUGUGUUGCUCGAUAUGGUUACAAAGAUGUCCAGAAGGAAGAUCAUCAUGCAUUUGAGCAACUUUUGGUUGAGAGCCUUGUGAAGUUCUUGAGAAGAGAGGCUCAAGAUCUUGCGUUGGAGAUGAAUUUGAACGAAUUGGAGUUUGAUAGUGUUUCAGUGAGGUCGAGGGAUUCUGGAGCCCCAGGUGGGGAUGGGAAUGAUGAUCUUAGGAUUCCAUUGAUGCGUGAUCGAAUACUGGGAGAAGCAGAUACUGUUACCUCGGAAGAAGCAGGUACUGUAACCUCAGAAGAAGCUGUCUCUGCUUUGCCAUCUAGUGACGUGUCACUGGAUGAAGACCCAAGUCUAGAGUAUGAGCUUUCAGCUCUUCGAGAGGCAAUGGAUUCUGGAUUUACUUAUAUGCUUGCACAUGGUGAAGUAAGGGCAAAGAAAAACUCAUUUUUCCUUAAGAAACUGGUAAUAAAUUACUUCUAUGCAUUUUUGAGGAGGAAUUGCAGAGCAGGUGCUGCAAACAUGAGAGUACCUCACCUGAAUGUCAUUCGCGUUGGAAUGACAUACAUGGUAUAAUCUGUUAUGGCGUUUUAGAAUCUGUUUCUUUCAUUGAGUUUGGAUGCCCAUUGCUAAAUCAGUGCUAGGACCUUGAGAAGUCUUUUAAAGAUAGACUAGGAAUUAUAAGAUGUGGUUUGGAUAAUGAAAUGAGAUGGGAUGAUUUUAGAUAAAAGUUGAAAGUUGAAUAAAAUAUUGAUAGAAUAUUAUUUUUUAAUA